UAGGUGAACUUUUGAUUUCCACAUUCCCCUAGAUUUAUUCCUGCUGAGAAGUAAAUACUAACCUAUGUGAAAGUUACUGCAACUCAAUGGUUGCCAAAGCAGACUCAAACUGGUCUAAAUGUGCUCUAAAUGCGCCUAAGCAAUCUCCAUUGGAUCGCUCAACUGUCUAUAAUAAUCUGCGCAAUCGGCAUAGAAGCUCAACCAAGCGGCAUGAAGAGUCGCGAAAAGAUGCAUUCCUUUCAGAACGGAGACUUCGAGGCAAAUGCCUGUGGAAAUACUUUUGCGAAGCGAAGAAUGGAGCGCUCAAAUCCUGAAGGCCUGCUGGAUGCUGGUCCAAUUGGUUCUGGAACGGGCUUUCAGCCAGCGGAUCAAAACGCGAUGAACACCUGCCAAGUGGGCGCCAAUCUCGCUGCCCAGAGCCUAUCCCCAGCUGUGCCUGUAUCGCCCCUUUCCGACUUCUACCAAUCAAACUGGCAGCAGCAACAGAUGGAGCUGCAGAACCAGCAGCAGCACCAGCCACUUGGGUGUGGCUUAAGCAGGUCCAGCCAGCAGGGAACACCCAAUGCCUACUUCGAGCAGGAUGAGACCGAGCAGAGGCGCCAGGAGCUGCGCAAUCUCGUCCAGCAUCUGUACGUGGCCCAGGCGAGGGUCCAACUGGAGGCCACCGAGAUCAGGAAGGCUCAGUCGGUGGCCUCAGCGGCGCAGGGGCAGCUGGAGGAGACCGCCAACCAUGUGCGCAGCAUCACCGCCUCCCUGCACACUGCCCAGCAGGAAGUGGCUGCCUCGGCGAUUCGGGCUCAGAUUGCCCAGCUCCAGCUGGCUGCUCAUGAUCAGCUACUGUUCGCCGCUCGCCAGGAUGUGGACGCGCUGUCCUCGCAAAUGGUGGGUCUCCAGGCGGCGGAGGGCAUCGUCCAGCCGAAACUCACAGUGGAUCUGCAUGCGCUUCUCGACAAGCUGAAGCAGCCACUGCAGCACUAUGAUCGUCCCACAGCCGUUCCCAUGAUUGCACCUGGUCCGCCGGGAACGGCAAGUCAUCAGCAACAGCUGCUCUUGCAGCAGCAGCAGCAGAUGGGGCAGGUGCAAGGUCAGGAACAGGGCCAAGGACAGAGCCCAAACCAGGGUCAGGGUCCUGCGAUUCCCUCAAAUGGAGCUACUCCCAACGAUUUCAUCAGCUUGCCUAGGGCUCAGCACUAUGCCAACUUGGAUUACACUUAGCUGCAGUUAAAUAUUCCUAAGAAUUAUUAUUUCUACCAUAUAUUUUUUAUAAGCUUCUUUUAGCAUUUCUUCCUUCCAUAAAAUCAUAUAUUUCAUUUAAA